AGUCUUGCGAGGAGAGGUGGGGCUUUGCCUGUCAUAGACACGUGUACCGGGAAGUAGGAAGUAAAUACAAAGGAGUCGAGGUGCCAUUGGAAACAAUUCGGGUGCCAUGCUUGAGGGAUACAGUCCUGUGACCCAGGCCCUGCUGGGGACUCUGUUCACCUGGGGUCUGACUGCUGCAGGAGCCGCCCUGGUGUUUGUCUUCUCCAGUCGACAGAAGCGCAUCUUGGAUGGAAGUUUAGGCUUUGCAGCUGGGGUAAUGUUGGCUGCCUCCUAUUGGUCGUUGCUUGCACCAGCAAUUGACAUGGCGGAGGAUUCUGGGAAGUACGGCUCAUUUGCUUUCGUACCUGUGGCUGUGGGAUUCACACUUGGAGCAGCCUUUGUUUAUUUUGCUGACCUGGCCAUGCCCCUGCUGGGUGUAGGUGCUGACCCCCACACUGCCUUGGCACUGUCCCCUGAUUCAAAGCUGGCCAAAGAGAAAGCAGAGCAGCCCUCGUUCCAGCUCCUUGACUCCGAUGAGAUGACCAUCAGGAUAGGUAGAGCUGGACCUCUCUCAGAUAAAAUAGAGAAUGGAGAUGUUCACCAGAGGAGGAGAGGACCUCAUUCAGGCAACUCAGAUGGACAUGAAAGAGGAAGUACACAACCGGAGGGGGUUGGGAAGACAGGAAGCAGCUGGCGCCGCAUUCUUCUCCUCAUCCUUGCCAUCACUAUUCACAACAUCCCAGAGGGCCUGGCUGUGGGAGUUGGAUUUGGAGCCAUUGGAAAGACUUCAUCUGCUACUUUUGAGAGUGCCAGAAAUUUGGCCAUUGGUAUCGGCAUCCAGAAUUUCCCAGAAGGCUUGGCAGUGAGCCUGCCGCUCCGGGGUUCAGGGGUCUCAACAUGGAAAGCCUUUUGGUAUGGCCAGUUAAGCGGCAUGGUAGAGCCUAUUGCUGGGUUGCUGGGCGCCAUUGCCGUCGUUCUGGCAGAACCUCUGUUGCCAUAUGCGCUGGCAUUUGCUGCCGGGGCGAUGGUCUACGUGGUGGUAGAUGACAUCAUACCAGAGGCUCAAGUCAGUGGAAAUGGGAAGCUGGCAUCCUGGACCUCCAUCCUGGGCUUCGUAGUGAUGAUGUCACUAGACGUGGGCCUGGGCUGAGGUCACCAUGACGACCGGUACAGUGUCAAAAGAACCUUCAAUUGCCAUGAUGUCAUGACAGUGAUGCUGACCUCAGUUUUAAAAAGGGGACCAAAUUAAGUGUUUUAUUCUGAAACACUGUUUAUCUAUUUCAUUUGAGUUGUUGCUACUUGAAAUGUAUUAAUUCAAUAAUAGAAACACAGAAGUAUUUUGUAAAACAGGCAUGGAAGACUGGACUUGAAUAGUUAUUUUUAAUGUUUGGCAGAUAUCUCAUUAGGAAUGAAUUUAUAAAUAUUUAAUGAACAUACUCCUGAUUGCUGAGCUUAUGAAUGUGUUUUGACAGGAUGCAGCUUUUUGAGUUUUUCUUUUUCAGAAGCGUUUUAAAACCAAACGUGUCAGUUAAGAACGUUAAAUGAAUGUUAUUUUUUUGUUUACUUCUUCUGGUUUUUCCUCAUGAUGGCAAUACUUGAAGUCUGGUGUUUUAUUUGUUCAUUUAUGGGACGGCGAAUGAAAAAUUAGGUUUUUCUUAUUUUAUCCUGCAAGGCACGGUGUGAUUAUGGUGUACUGAAAUAUGAAAUUCCCAAUGUGACUUUUUUUAAACUACAUGUUCUUCAUCCGACCAUUUGUUUCUGUAUAAUUACAGCAUUGAUGAGGAUCAUUUACUGUAAUUAGUUGACUUAUUCAGCUGUCAUACUUUACAUAAUUUACUUUAUCGUCUUCUGUAACAAGCUCCAAACAAAUGAGUCUCAUUUUUAACAUCUCCUGCUAUCUACAGGUCAGUCUGAAGAAUCAUGUGUUGUAGUCCGCAUCUAAUUAUUUAAAUGCUGAAGUUCAUGCUGAAUUACAUGGGAAGUAUUUAUACAAUUAAACAACCAAGUGAUUCUCAGUUUUCUUCAAGGUAUGUUUGAUUCGCUUCUCUAUCGAUGGCAGCGUUGGACUUUUGGUCAGUUGGUCCACCACUUUGGUCCAGACAGAAAUAUCUCAGCAACUAUUGGAUGGAUUACCAUGAAAUUUGGCCCAGACAAUCCGGUUCUCAAGUAGCUUAAAGCACUACGGUACAGCCUCACAAAGCUGUUAGCAUGUCUUUAGACCCAUAGUCUUUCAAAAGACUAAAAAGAACCCAGGAGAUUGGCCUUAAAAUGAAAUAUUACCUUAAAAGGUUUCCUGGCAAGUUUGUAGAUUUAGAUCAGUUUGUCAUUUGUUUUUUUUUAAUUCAAUUGUCUUCCAAACUCACCUGAAUUCUUUAAUAUCAAAGCUCAACUAAUAUAAUUAUUACACAUUUAUAUACAGUGUACAUAGAUGUGGUUAAUGUGACCAUUUGAAAGAAUCAUAUCAUGAACUUUUCAUACAGUAUAUGGAGUCUGGGUACUGGGACAGACCUUGUAUCUUUUAUCAACUUAUAAUGCAUUUCCAAACGACAUAAAGUGUAAAGCUGCUGCUUCUGCUGGUCAAUGCUUACUGAAUGAGGAAACUUCUGGUGGUUUAUUAAAUUAUUCUGGAGUU